GUCGAGACUGCACUCGUUGAUGUACAAGCAGAAUAUCUUGGUACAUGUUGUGUGUUCCGUUAGUCACGUAUGGACGAGAUCUGAUUAAAGCCACCUGCUUCGCCCGUGUGAACCUAAGCAAACGUUGCUCUUCGUUGGAAUGGUGUACGAGCAGUGACAUUUUGUUAGUGAUUUGGAAGUGGUGACUUUGAACACAUAUUUGAUCGAAGUUGAAGGCCAAACUACCCAACAAAAAGUUGCCUAUCCAAUCAUCCUGACACGAAAGUUAGAAAGGACGACGUGUGUAUUUAUUUCUACGCCUGAAGUUUCCAACAAGCUACAUCAGUUGGGUGCAGUUUAAUUUAUAAGAAGUCGUCAUGGCUGAACACGCAACGUCAAUAGUGGCAAUAGAAGGUAUGACUUGUCAAUCGUGUGUCAGCACUAUUGAGAAGAAUAUUUCAAGCGUUCCUGGGGUGAAGAGUAUUAAGGUUUAUCUUGGCAGGAAGAAAGCUGAGAUCACGUUUGAUAGUAGAGUGGUUACAAUAAAAGAAUUAGCAGCCCAAAUUGAAGACAUGGGUUUUGAGGCCUGUCCUGAGGAUUCUAUCGUUUCUCUGCCAACACUACAGGACGUCACACUACGAGUGCAGGGCAUGACUUGUGAAUCAUGCGUUCGUAACAUUGAAAGACGCGUAUCGUCACAAGCGGGUGUACAUACCGUGAAAGUUUCUCUUCAGGAAGAAUUGGCAAGGAUUGCAUACAAUAUUAAUGAAACGAAUCCACAGACGUUACUUAACAUCAUCAACGAGAUGGGUUUCACAGCUACUGUUUCUCCGGAAAAUACUAAAUCAACGAAAUUACAAGAAUCCUCCAGGAAUUAUUCGUCUGUUGUGAGAAUCCACAUUCAGGGAAUGACAUGUCAGUCCUGCGUUAGUAAGAUAGAAGAAAAUUUAAUUAACAGUCCAGGUAUUAGAAAUAUAAUAGUGUCACUAGAAGAUUGCUUGGCCACUGUUAAAUUUAACCCCUUAGAAGUUACACCAGAACAGCUACAGAAUAUGAUAGAAGACAUGGGGUAUGAAGCCACUCUUUUAACAGAUAAAGCUAAAAAUGUCGCUGUAUGUAGUCAAGAUAGUAACAGUCAUAAAAUGAAUUCUGACCAAGCUACUGGAACUUUGAAAGUCAAAGGAAUGACCUGUAUGUCUUGUGUUCAUAAUAUUGAAGAUCAUAUCGGCACGGUGAAAGGUAUCAUUAGUAUUAAAGUAUCAUUACAGGAGAACUCGGCCACUGUUCAGUACCAGCCUUCUUUGAUAAGCCUUCAACAGAUAGCAGAAAUGAUAGACAACAUGGGAUUUGAAUGUGAAGUACAAGACUCCCAGAAGCUGGUAAUGGACCCAUGGGUACCUCGCAUCUCUCAUCCACAGAAUACAGUAACAAGUAGUGACCAAACAGACAUCGGCAUUGAGAAGAGAGGACCAAGCCCCAACAAACAUACUAAACAAUACACCAAGUUACUAUUUGCUGAAGGAGAUGACUUGGAAAAAUGUUUCAUCCGAAUAACAGGCAUGACUUGUGCAUCGUGUGUUGCUGCCAUUGAAAAACAUUUAACACACUUGGAUGGAAUACAUUAUGUGUUGGUUGCACUCAUGGCUCAGAAGGCAGAGGUUAAGUUUGAUCCAGCUUAUAUCAUGCCAUCUCAGAUAGCAAAUGCUAUCACAGAACUAGGCUACAUGUCUUCAGUAAUAGAGGAUGUUAGCUCAGGUCAAGGAGAACUUGAGCUAGAGAUCCAUGGAAUGACGUGUGUUUCCUGUGUGCAUUCUAUAGAGAGUAACUUGAUAAAACGCCCUGGCAUCAUCUCAGUAUCCAUUGCUCUUGCCACGCAGUUAGGUAAAUUUCAGUUUGAUCCUGAAGUUACGGGCCCUCGGGAUAUCGUUGAUGCUAUUAAGGAUUUGGGAUUUGGUGCCUCAACUAUUACAGACCACAGAAGAGAUGCUAGUUACUUAUCUCAAAAAGAAGAGGUGAAAAAGUGGAGAAAUUCUUUCCUGUUUUCUCUUGUCUUUGGUCUCCCUUCUAUGGCAGUUAUGAUGUAUUUUAUGGGAAUACGUAUGUCAACUGGAAAACAUGACAUAUGCUGUCUUAUACCAGGGUUGUCAACAGAGAAUCUGUUUCUAUGGAUCCUAGCCACUCCUGUCCAGUUCAUAGGAGGACGAUAUUUUUACGUCCAUGCCUUGAAAGCCAUAAAACACAGAAUGGCAAACAUGGAUGUACUUAUUAUGCUGGCCACAAAUAUUGCCUACUUCUAUAGCGUAGCAGUUCUGAUUUACUUCAUGAUAGAUGGAGCUGAUCACAGUCCAAAAACAUUUUUUGAGACUCCACCAAUGCUGUUGGUGUUUAUUUCACUUGGACGAUGGUUGGAACACAUAGCAAAAGGUAAGACUUCUGAGGCUCUGGCAAAACUUAUUUCGCUACAAGCAACAGAAGCUACACUUGUCGAUGUAGACUCUGAUUGUCAGAUUAUAUCCGAAAAACAAAUUGAUGUGGAGCUUGUUCAACGUGGGGAUAUUUUAAAGGUAGUUCCCGGUGAAAAAAUACCAGUUGAUGGCAGAGUUACCUUUGGAAAUUCAAUGGCAGAUGAAUCACUUAUUACGGGGGAAUCUCUACCUGUAGCCAAACGUCCAGGUUCUCAGGUUAUUGGAGGUUCUAUCAACCAAAAUGGAAUGCUACUUAUCAGUGCUACCCAUAUAGGGAAAGACACAACAUUAGCCCAGAUUGUGAAACUGGUUGAAGAAGCACAGACCUCAAAGGUACAUAAUAAUUUUAAGUUUGUUAUUUUAACUCUUAGAUACCCAGUAAUGUAAAUAAUGUAUAAAUUGGAUAAGCAAAAAAAAAAAUAUGAUACAUUGACACAACCAAUUUCUUUAACAACUGUAAACCCCCCAAUUAGACCACCUGUAACUCUUCUUUUUUCAAGAGAAAAAUUCCAGGGAUCACAUUAGUAGCCCUUCUCUGAUCCCUUUCCAAUUCAACGUCCUUCUUAAGGUAAGAAGCUUAUUAAAACUGAACACAGUACUCUAGAUGUGACUUAUCCAAUGACUUACACAAUGAAAUUAUAACUUAUUUAGCCUUCUAUUUCUGUAGAC